AUGACGUCGCGCACCCGUUCAGUUGCUCGAAAGCAAGCCUCCGGAUCUCGAGCUGCACGGGGCGCCAGUCAGAAAGGCGCGAAAGUUCGGCAAACCGCCAACAAGUCAUCGCCUGGGAGCGACGUCCCAGACAUCGAUACCAGUGGGUUGUCCCAGUCCGACGCACAGGCUCUGGCGAAGCUCCUCAAAAAAGCUAAGGAUGCUAAGAAGGCUGACACAGAGUCACGGCUCAAAGGUAUCCGCAAGAGGGCAUCGGACAUGAUCAGGGACGAGGACAGCGCUUCAGACGAAGAACGACCGAAGACCAAGAGGAAAAGGACGAAGGGCAACCAAGACUCCAACUAUAACGACGAAGUCGACAACGAUGCUGCGGAGGUGAAGGGCAGCGUAGAGGAGGAUGAAGACCCUGCGGUUGCGGAUGAGAGAGAUGGUAGUGAGCGCGAAGGCAGUCAGGAGAGCAAGGAGCCGGAUGUCUCGGAUGGCAUUGAAGAGAAGGAAGUUCGCUCGCGACCCAAGCCCAGGCCGGCGUACAGAGGAGCUCAACAGCCUCCUCGAAAACCUGUCAGCCUAGAGAAGGAGGAGGCAAACAUCGCGAAGUCUCUCAGUGCUACAUCUGCUUCGAAGAGCAAGAAGAAAGCAAGGGCCAUUGGUGAAAAGUCAGGAGAAGAUCAUGAAGAGGUCGAAGAGGUCGUUCCGAGACCGAAGAAAUCGACUCUGUCCUCGUCAUCUGCAAAGCAGACGAAACCGUCAAUCGCCCCGCCAUCCCCAUCCUUCCCAAAGCGCAAAGUCUACAUCAAUAUACCGGUGUCGCCGAAGUCUCCAGUCCGUGGAUCGACCUCCAAGUCAGCGGCGAAGGUCAACGACAAGUCAGCAGCGGCGAAGGCCAACGACAAGGGCGGGGCGAAGACGAAGGCGACCAGACGUCGGAGCGACAGUAACACUGACGAUACCGACGCCGACCUUCGCAAGAGUGACCAGGAUGAGAGUGAUGACGACGACGGCGACGACGGCGACGAUGGGGACUUCGGCAGCAACGGUGGGAAAGGGGGCAGUGAAGAUGAGGAAGAUGAGGACGAGCUCAAAGGAGAAGAUGACAAUGGUGUAGUGAUCCUGCCGGGUCGACAGGGCAAAGGGCAGAAAAAUUCCAAGGGUCGAGGGCGCAAAGAACGGGCGAAGGUGACGAACCUUCCUAUCGAUGUACGGGUCCUCGUCACCGCAGCACAAAACUGCCUCCGUCUUCGUAUCUCACUGAAGACUGCCUGGACGUCGGAGUCCGUGCAUGAUGCGCACGAGAUGCGCGAUAAGGAAGGCAAGCGCAUAAAGGCACUAAAGGUAGCCUUCGAGAUGAUUAGGACCAAACGCGAGGACGAGAAGGACGAGAAGGAGAUGUUGGAAGAGGAGAAGGAGGAGGAGAGGAAGCGCCUCGCACUUCAGCAGGAUGUCUACACCGUGGUCUGGGCGAGUGCAUCCCAGUUCCGCAACGAACUCAAGAAGAAGGCCAAGGUCGUCGUCGACCAAAUGUACGGCCUGCAAGGUUUGUCUCCUGAGCAGCGAAGCAGCGUUGCUGCAUGGCUGCUUCGAACGCACUCGACGGAUGUACUUGAUGGUGGUUCGCGCAAUAUCCCCAAUUUCGUCUUCAGCGAUAUCAACCUUGUGUUCGACGGCGGCAAACACGGCAAGAAGUUAGACUUGAAGGCGACUACGUUCAACGAAGAUGAGCCAUUUCGCCACGAAGUGAUUGCAGAGUUAAUCUACCAGCACUGGGCCUUAGGAGCCCGAGCUGAUGCUAACCUGCACGCGGCGAUGGAUGACUUCCGCAAGGUGCCGGACAACUUGAUAGCUGUGGUCUGCAACACUAUUGACUCGGCUUUGACGGAGGUCGUCACUCAUGGCAUGGCAAAUUUCUUCACUAACAAGCUGUUUGCUGCUAAGUGGGAUGGCUUGAUGGCUAUCCUCGAGACGCUCAAGAACGAAGCACCGGAGCAUUACAGGGAGACUAAGGCUAUCAUCUGGGCUCAGAUAUCUGGUCGCCUGAAGGCUAACACGAUAGACGAAGAGGAUUCCGACGAUACGAAGGGAACCAGCUUCCUCAAGUUUGAUCGCUUGCGUGCAAAGGUUGGCAAGACGUCUCCUGUCCGAGAGAGGGCGAGAGCAACGUCCAUCAGUACAACCCAGCCUGCAAGCUCGAAGUCAAGCUUGAAGAAGUCUGGAGGACUCGGCAAACCGUCGUCCUCGUCGUCCAUGCCUGCCAGUGGCAAGGCAACAAAGUCGGUCCCUGUUAAUGAUCAUGAAGUAGACGAGCUCGACAAGGAGGAAGGCGCCGGGAGUGUCGAGAGUCAUGUGGCUCCGCAUCCUUCUGGUGGCAAUGUCACUGAGCCGAGUGAUGAGCAGGAGCGAGAACAAGGCACCAAGGAUCAUGACAAGCAAGCGCCGAGCGCCGAGGCAAACAUUUGA